GGGAGGAGCCAGUGAAAGAACCAGGUGAAGUUCACAGGUUCAGUUACCAGACAGUUUCCUUCGUCUCAGGGUGAACAAACUGAACCUGCUUCUAGAAACGCGCCUAUUAUUGAUUAUCUACCGCCAAUAAAGUUAGAAAGAAGAAGAAGAAGAAGUGAAAGAGUCUGCAGGAAGUCACGGAGCUUCACUUUAACAUCUUCACGUCCUGAAGAAGAGGUCUGCAACAGCUUCACAUGGACAGGCAGUGGCAGGAUUCUUCUUCUUGAUGUCUGAGCACCACAGAUAUAUUUAUACAUCGACACCUUGGUUUUGUUACGCUAAAGAGUUUGAGAGCAGCAAGGAGGUCCCAGACCUUCAGGAACCUCAAGCAGGUUGUUAUGAAGGUGUGAAGGUGUGGACUCUGCUAUGAAUCAGGCUGAGGACCCAGAGGACAGUGUCCCUCCCUCUGAAGCCCCUCUGUGUGGGGGACAUGACAGACAGACCAAAGCUCAGAGGACCCAUCAGAGACCUGGACCUGGACCCAGCUGUGUGUCCAUGAAGAGUAACCAGUCUAUGAUGCAUCCUAUAGUCUUCAAAGAUGUCCGUCCCUCUGCUGAUGCAAGUUCACAUCAGCAGAGAAGAAAGUCUCCUGAACCCAGAUGUGUGUCCAUGAAGAGUCAUCAGUCUAUUGGUCAUCUGAUUAACUUCAAAGAUGAUCAGUCUAUUGAUCAUCCGAUUGACUUCAAAGAUGGAGGCCGUUCUUAUGACCCACAAGAGGACCAGGAGAGCUCAGAGGUUCCCACAGAGUCUGCCCAGCAGCAUCAAACCCACCUGGACUCCAUCUUCAUGCUGCUGGAGGAGAACAUCCUCACCUUUGUGAAGAACGAGCUGAAGAAGAUCCAGAAGGUUUUGAGUUCAGAUUACCCAGAAUGCUUAGAGAAGGAGGAUGAGGAGGUGCUGGAUGAAGAGCAGAGGAGGAGCAGGGAGGCAUUUGUGAAGAUCUCAGUACACUUCCUGAGGAGAAUGAAGCAGGAGGAUCUGGCUGAGCGUCUGCAGAGCAGACUUCCUGCUGCAGUUUGUCAGCGUAAACUCAAAUCCAACCUGAAGAAGAAGUUCCAGUCUGUGUUUGAGGGCAUCGCUAAAGCAGGAAACCCAACCCUUCUGAAUGAGAUCUACACAGAGCUCUACAUCACAGAGGGAGGGACUGCAGAGGUCAAUGAAGAACAUGAGGUCAGACAGAUUGAAACAGCAUCCAGGAGACCAGCCAGACCAGAAACUACCAUCAGACAAGAAGACCUCCUCAAAGCCUCAGCUGGAGGAGAAGAACCAAUCAGAACAGUGAUGACUAAGGGAGUGGCUGGCAUUGGGAAAACAGUCUUAACACAGAAGUUCACUCUGGACUGGGCUGAAGACAAAGACCACCAGGACAUACAGUUCACAUUUCCAUUCACCUUCAGAGAGCUGAAUGUGCUGAGAGAGAAGAAGUUCAGCUUGGUGGGACUUGUUCAUCACUUCUUCAGUGAAACCAGAGCAGCAGGAAUCUGCAGGUUUCAAGAGUUCCAGGUUGUGUUCAUCUUUGACGGUCUGGAUGAGUGUCGACUUCCUCUGGACUUCCACAACAAUGAGAUCCUGACUGAUGUCACAGAGACCUCCUCAGUGGAUGUGCUCCUCACAAACCUCAUCAGGGGGAAGCUGCUUCCCUCUGCUCGCCUCUGGAUAACCACACGACCUGCAGCAGCCAGUCAGAUCCCUCCUGAGUGUGUUGGCAUGGUGACAGAGGUCAGAGGGUUCACUGACCCCCAGAAGGAGGAGUACUUCAGGAAGAGGUUCAGAGAUAAGACGCAGGCCAGCAGGAUCAUCUCUCACAUCAAGACCUCACAAAGCCUCCACAUCAUGUGCCACAUCCCAGUCUUCUGCUGGAUCACUGCUGGAGUUCUGGAGGACGUGUUGAAGACCAGAGAGAGAAGAGAUCUGCCCAAGACCCUGACUGAGAUGUACAUCCACUUCCUGGUGGUUCAGUCCAAAGUGAAGAAGGUCAAGUACGAUGGAGGAGCUGAGACGGAUCCACACUGGAGUCCACAGAGCAGGAAGAUGAUCGAGUCUCUGGGAAAGCUGGCCUUUGAUCAGCUGCAGAAAGGCCACCUGAUCUUCUAUGAAUCCGACCUGACAGAGUGUGGCAUCGAUAUCAGAGCAGCCUCAGUGUGCUCAGGAGUGUUCACUCAGAUCUUCAGAGAGGAGAGAGGACUGUACCAGGACAAGGUGUUCUGCUUCGUCCAUCUGAGUGUUCAGGAGUUUCUGGCUGCUCUUCAUGUCCAUCUGACCUUCUUCAGCUCUGGUGUCAAUCUGCUGUCAGAAGAACAAACAACCUCCCUGGAGUCUAAACGCUUAAAACACAAUCCUGAACCAAUGCGUCUCUACCAGAGUGCUGUGGACCAGUCCUUAAAGAGUCCUAAUGGACACCUGGACUUGUUCCUCCGCUUCCUCCUGGGUCUUUCUCUGGAGACCAAUCAGAGUCUCCUACGAGGUCUGCUGACACAGACAGGGAGUCGCUCAACGACCAAUCGGAAGACAGUCCAGUACAUCAAGGAGAAGAUCAGUGAGAAUGUGUCACCAGAGAAAAGCAUCAAUCUGUUCCACUGUCUGAAUGAACUGAAUGAUGGUUCUCUAGUGAAGGAGAUCCAACAGUCCCUUAGAUCAGGAUGUCUCUCCACAGAGAAACUGUCUCCUGCUCAGUGGUCAGCUCUGGUCUUCAUCUUACUGUCAUCACAAGAAGAUCUGGAGGUGUUUGACCUGAAGAAAUACUCAGCUUCAGAGGAGGCUCUUCUGAGGCUGCUGCCAGUGGUCAAAGCCUCCAACAAAGUUCUACUCGGUGGCUGUAACCUCUCAGAGAGAAGCUGUGAAGUUCUGUCCUCAGUCCUCAGCUCCCAGUCCUCUAGUCUGAGAGAACUGGAUCUGAGUAACAACCACCUGCAGGAUUCAGGAGUGAAGCUGCUGUGUGAUGGACUGAAGAGUCCACACUGUGACCUGGAGACUCUCAGACUCAGUGGCUGUAACCUCUCAGAGAGAAGCUGUGAAGUUCUGUCCUCAGUCCUCAGCUCCCAGUCCUCUAGUCUGAGAGAACUGGAUCUGAGUAACAACGACCUGCAGGAUUCAGGAGUGAAGCUGCUGUGUGAUGGACUGAAGAGUCCACACUGUGACCUGGACACUCUCAGCCUGUCAGGCUGUCUGAUCACAGAGGAAGGCUGUGCUUCUCUGGUCUCAGCUCUGAGCUCCAACCCCUCCCACCUGAGAGAGCUGGACCUGAGCUUCAACCAUCCAGGAGACUCAGGAGUGAAGCUGCUGUCUGAUGGACUGAAGGAUCAUCACUGGAGACUAGAGACUCUCAGGGUGGAGCCUGCUGGAGUCCGAUGGAUGACACCAGGUCUGAGGAAGUAUUCCUGUGAACUCACAAUCGACACAAACACAGUUCACAGAGACCUCAAACUGUCUGACAACAACAGGAAGGUGACAUGUGUGGAGGAGGUUCAGUCACAUCCUGAUCAUCCAGACAGAUUUGACCACUGGUCUCAGCUGCUGUGUAGAACUGGUCUGACUGGUCGCUGUUACUGGGAGGUCGAGUGGAGAGGAGAAGUUGAAGUAUCAGUGAGCUACAAAGGAAUCAAGAGGAAAGGAGACAGUACAGACUGUGAGUUUGGUAACAAUGAUCAGUCCUGGAGUCUGAUGUGCUUUGGUGGAGUUUACUCUGUCCUUCACAAUAAGACACAAACACGCAUCACCUCCUCCUCCUCCUCCUUCUCUGGUAGAGUAGCAGUGUAUGUGGACUGUCCUGCUGGCUCUCUGUCCUUCUACAGAGUCUCCUCUGACUCACUGAUCCACCUCCACACCUUCAGCACCACGUUCACUGAACCUCUUUAUCCUGGGUUUAGGUUCUGGUUCUUUGGUUGCUCAGUGUCUUUGUGUCCUCUGGAGGACGGAGAGUCUCCUCCUGGUGGAGAACCUUCCUCUCUGCUCACCACAUAGUUCAGUGUGUACCGCUGAUGGAGGUCCAUGUGGGUGUAGGUGCAGGUGGAGCAGGUGAGGGGUACCGGAGCUGGUCUGGACUCUGGGGGUCCACAGCUCUCUGGGACUUGUGCUGUUGCAGAUGAACGUGUGAAAGAGCUCAGCGAGGUGUGUUUUAAUGUCUCUGUGCUCGAUGCCUCUGUGGAUGAAUCAAUAAUCAUCAUUUAGAUGUUGGCUCCUAAUUACAGUUUAAUCUUAAUCUUUAUGUGUCACAAUGUUCAAGAAGACAUUUUAUACGACUAAUGUAUCUGUUUGAUAAAUUGUGCUCAAAUUUUAACUUCAAAUAUUUCAAUGUGUCACAUUAAAGAUCAUUUCACAUUGUUACGUCCGGCUGCUGGUUGUGUUUUCUCCUUUCCCCCCCCCCCCCCCCCCGUGUCUUCCUUUUCAAUCUGUUCUUCACAGGUGUGGUGAGUUGCUGCUGAUGAUGCGGGCGUGGCCAGGUGAUUCUCCAGCCAAUCCAGCGCGGCUCUCCUCUACAAAUGUUUGGUUGUGAGAGCUUGGAGGUGUGGGUUGUGGGGAUAGAGGUUUGAGAGACAAACUUUGAGACAAACUUUGAGACAAACUUUGAGACAAACUUUGAGACAAACUUUGAGAGACAAACUUUGAGAGACAAACUGAGAUUUGUGUGAUUUAUUUUGUUUGUUAACACUGUCUUCUGUACUUACCCCAAGAGCACUGUGGAGCAGGGCUAGGUAAGAUACCCUGGGGUCUACAUACACACUUAGGAAAAACCUGUUAGAAACACUAGGUUAGAAGCCAGUGGCUGUCACCCAGUGUAUUGUAGCAGUUUAGGUAAGUGGUGUGAUAGGUUAGAUUGUGGUAGGUAGGAUUAGAGGAAUAGGGAAGUUCAGGGUCCUUUUGUUUUGUUUCUUUGCUUUGACAGACCACUGGCACCGCCCUACUCCACAGGUCUUGCUACCUGUUAGCCCUCCUAUCCCCUGUCUACCUAUUUGUGUGUGUUUGUAUGGUAUGUACUGGUUAUUUCUUUUCAUUAUUAUUUAGUGGAAAAAUAAACCCACCGUUCUGUACUUUUGUAGCAGUGUGUGUUUUUAUUGAUUGCUAUUAUAGUGCAUCGCAUACAGGUUCCGGGCCCAACAGGCGUGGUCUUGGGCAGUUACGCCCCACCUCCUCUUACGAGCCGGGGUGGAGGCGUAACAAGUGGGGGCUCGUCCGGGAUUUGUUAAUCAUUAGCUCAAGUCCACCGUCUGUGGGUUGUGGGCCUGUUGGUUAUUGUAGUUGGGUAGAGACCAGGGUUUUGGAUGGCUACGACGCUGGCGCAGUUGUUCCUUGCGCAGCCGUCCGUUGAGCUGCUAGAGCAGUGUCGCAAGGCAGACCUGGGCGCGAUAAUUGACCAUUUUUCACUAACUGUGCCCAAGCACCAGGUUAAGCAUGAGUUGCGACGCUGUGUCAUGGAAGAGCUUGUUAUACGAGGUGUGUUGCCUCCAGUUGAGGCGGCAAGUUCUCCUAGCAGAGGAGAUGGGCAAGGUGAGCAGUCUGUCAGUGUCUUUGGCUCUCCCACGGGAAGGCAGGCAGAGGAAAAGGAUGGGGUGAGAACCCCAGUCACUCUGCCCCGCUUCGAUCCAUUAUCCAGCCAGAGAUCCAGUUUGGAUGCUCGUGUCAAGGUGAGGCUUGCACGUCUCCAGAUGGAGGAGCAGGCUAGGCAAGCAGAGAACAAGUUUAACUUUAGGAAAAUGGAACUUGACGCAGAGUACAGGAUAAAGCAGCUGGAGAUCGACGGGCAAAUUGCGGUGGCUCGCGCUGGGCAAACGUCUUCACCCUUGUCCUCUGCGCAGACCACAUCCCCAGAUCAGAUAUCUGAUCGUUUUGAUGUCAGUAAGAACAUUGCACUUGUCCCACAGUUCAGAGAAUCUGAGGUUGAUUCAUACUUCGGAGUAUUUGAGCGUAUUGCUGCUUCGCUAAAGUGGCCCAAAGAAGUUUGGCCAUUGCUGGUACAAUGUAAGCUCUUUGGUAAAGCCCAAGAGGUUGUGUCUGCGUUUGAGCUGGAGGACAGUUUACAGUAUGACUGUGUGAAAAACGCAGUUCUCCGUGCAUAUGAGUUGGUCCCUGAGGCUUACAGGCAAAAAUUCCGAAGCCAUAAAAGAAACCCAAAUAGGUCCUAUGUGGAGUUUGCCCGUGAAAAAAAGACACUGUUUGAUAGAUGCUGUGCGGUCAGUAAGAGCAGUGACUUCGCGUCCCUGCGGGAACUAGUGUUGUUGGAGGAGUUUAAAAAUAGUCUGUCAGACAGGUUGGUAGUGUACCUAAAUGAGCAGAAGGUUGCGACAUUGUCCCAGGCCGCAGUGCUGGCUGACGAGUUUGCACUAACGCACAAGACAGUGUUCACUUUACCUCAUAGUGAGUUUGGGGGUGCUGCCGCCACGUCUGCUGCACCGGUGAGACGCACAUCUCCCCGUUCUCCGCCUCGUUCCAGAGAGGAGCGUGAAUGUUUUUACUGCCAUAGAAAAGGACACUUAAUGGCGGAUUGUUUGAAGCUGCAACGUAGACAGGCUUCUACCAAACCUGUGGGGUUAGUUCACACUAUGCCCCGUACUUCUGUGAAAUUGUUGCCUGUGUCACGUCAAUCUGCUGAUUCUUGUUACGAUCCUUUCAUAUCUGCAGGGACUGUGUCAUUAACUGAUAAGUCCGAGACGCAGGUUCCUAUUCGUAUACUGCGAGAUACAGGGGCUUCGCAGUCCAUUAUUCUGUCGGGCGUGUUGCCUUGGUCUGACAGUUCGGCUUGUGGCUACAAUGUUUUGUUACAAGGCAUUGAGAUGGGGUACGUUCUGGUGCCGCUCCACUAUGUGUAUUUGCAGUCUGAAUUGGUUAGCGGACGUUUCAAAGUUGCUGUACAACCGUCUCUCCCAGUCAAAGGGAUCACCUUGGUACUGGGAAACGACAUUGCUGGGGGUCUGGUGGGUCCAGUAUUGGAAGUUUUAAAUGCUCCCCAAAAGCUUGCUAACUCUGUUGAGCUUAGCUCUGUGUACCCAGCAUGUGUGGUGACGCGUGCACAGUCACGUCGGCUGGGUGAUGUGAUUGAUUUAAAUGACACGAUUUUUGACUCAGUCUUUCGUACAGAUGAAAUAUCCUCUUUGUCUCCCAUUUCACCAGCAUCAAAAAAACUGCAGGAUCCAAGUUAUGCAUCUCCCCCUGAGGAGUGCAUGUUACCUGUUACACGUGUGAACCUGAUUGAGACACAAAAGACAGAUCCUACACUUAGUAAAUGUUAUAGUUCUGCUGUGACGCCAGAGCCAGCUAAGGCACAGGCUGUUGCUUACCUUUGUGAGGAGGGGCUCUUGCUUCGUAAAUGGUCCUCACACAAAGACUCAGCGAGAUCUGUAUUGCAGAUUGUGGUGCCGACACUGUUCAGAACACACAUUUUGUCCCUCGCCCAUGACAUUCCAUGGGCUGGGCACCUGGGAGUCACGAAAACCUAUAACCGUGUGUUGCAAAAUUUCUUUUGGCCAGGAUUGAAGAAAGAUGUGGUCCAUUACUGUAAGACUUGUCAUACCUGCCAGAUCGCCGGAAAGCCGAACCAGGUCAUUCCGCAGGCUCCACUCUGCCCGAUUCCUGUUAUGGGUGAGCCCUUUGAGAGAGUGAUUGUCGACUGUGUUGGCCCGUUGCCUAAAACUAGGUCAGGAAACCAAUACCUGCUAACAAUAAUGUGUGCUGCUACCCGGUAUCCGGAGGCUAUUCCUCUUCGGAAGAUCACGUCAAAGGUAGUAGUAUCAGCACUAAAUCGAUUCUUUGCGGUUUUCGGUCUGCCUAAGGUCAUUCAGACAGACCAGGGUACUAAUUUCAUGGCCAACAUGUUUGCCCAAGUACUGAAAACACUGUCCAUCACGCACAAGGUUUCCAGUGCCUACCACCCUGAAAGUCAGGGAGCGUUAGAACGCUGGCACCAAACACUCAAAUCAAUGUUGAAGAAAUAUUGUAUGGACACUAAAAAGGACUGGGACGAAGGCAUUCCAUUUGUGUUGUUUGCCAUCCGAGAGGCUGUGCAGGAGUCAAUUGGGUUUAGUCCGGCCGAGCUGAUUUUCGGACACACUGUUAGAGGGCCACUUAAAGUGUUAAAAGAACACUUGAUGGAAGCCCCAGGUUCUCCAAAGAAAGUGCUGGACUACGUCAGUUGGAUUCGUGAGCGGUUGCAUGCUGCAUGUGCACUGGCGAAAGAGACUCUGUCUUCUACGCAGGAACGGAUGAAGGGUCAUUACGACCGCAAGGCGGUGCCUCGCUCCCUGCAGCCUGGUGACCGUGUCUUGGUGCUUUUACCAGUGCCUGGUUCAUCUCUUUCCGCUCGUUUCACUGGUCCGUAUAGGGUGCAGGAGAAACUUAGUGAGACUGAUUAUGUUAUUAAAACUCCUGAUCGGAGACGACAAAGUCGGGUAUGUCACAUUAACAUGCUGAAGCUCUACCAUUCCAGGGAUGACUCUCCAGUAUCAUUGAUCAUGGCAGCGGAGCCAACUGUCUCUUCAGUGGCAGCAGUUGUGGUGGUGCCACCUGCAUGCGAGACGCCUGCAGGAAACGAGGACGGGUUAAGAGUUUGCAAUGCUCCCCAGCAGAGUGCCCGAUUAAGGAAUUCUGAAAUGUUAUCUAACCUUUCCCCACUCUUGAUACAUCUAGACCCGGAACAAGGACAGGAUAUCUUAAAUGUUAUUCAUGGUUUUAAAGUUCUCUUUAGUGACAUACCGACUCGCACGAUUGUCUUGGAGCAUGACGUCAACGUGGAUGGUGCUGUCCCUAUAAAGCAGCAUGCCUACCGUGUGAACUCCACCAAGAGGGCGAUAAUGAAACAGGAGGUGGUCUACCUAUUGGAGAAUGGGUUAGCAAAACGGAGCGCUAGUCCUUGGAGCUCGCCCUGUCUGCUAGUCGCAAAACCUGACGGCACCCAGCGGUUCUGCACAGACUACAGAAAGGUAAACUCUGUCACUGUACCUGAUUCCUUUCCGUUGCCCCGUAUAGAUGACUGUGUUGAUGCUAUUGGUUCUGCGGCGUUUGUCACAAAGCUGGACCUACUCAAAGGUUAUUGGCAGGUGCCAUUGACAGCGCGUGCGUCCGACAUAUCCGCAUUUGUUACUCCUGACGGUUUUAUGCAAUAUACCGUAAUGCCUUUUGGGAUGUGCAACGCUCCAGCCACUUUCCAGCGUUUGGUGAACAUCGUUUUAGGCGACGUCCCGGAAUGCUGUGCCUAUCUGGAUGAUGUUGUUAUCCAUUCAGCGUCCUGGGAAACCCAUGUAAAUGCAUUGAAAGCUGUGUUUACCCGCUUAGCUGCAGCUAAAUUGACGCUAAACCUAGCAAAAUGCGAGUUUGGUAAGGCUACGGUUACCUACCUUGGGAAGCAGGUUGGGCGGGGGCAGGUACGCCCGGUGGCCGAAAAGGUGGCCGCUAUUGCUGGUUUUGUUGUCCCUAGAACACGGCGUGAGUUGCGUCGGUUCCUGGGUAUGGCGGGUUACUAUCGUUCCUUUUGCAGGAACUUCUCUUCGGUUGUAGCCCCCGCUGACCAGCUUGCUUAGUCCCGCAGUCCCGUUCGAGUGGACAGCGGAUUGCCAACGUGCUUUUGAUACGGUCAAGGUCCUACUAAGUAGCUCUCCUGUUCUUGCCAGUCCCGAUUUCAGCAAGGUGUUCAAAAUGGACGUGGACGCAAGUUCUGUUGGAGCUGGAGCCGUUUUACUGCAGGAGGAUGAGGAAGGGGUUGACCAUCCAGUGUGCUACUUUUCACGCAAGUUUGUUGGUGCCCAAACUCGAUACUCCACUAUCGAGCAAGAGACCCUGGCAUUGUUGAUGGCACUUGAUUAUUUUGAAGUUUAUGUUGGCUCUAGCGCUCUGCCUGUAGUAGUCUUCACCGACCACAAUCCCUUAGUUUUUUUGAAUCGCAUGUACAAUAACAACCAGCGCCUUAUGCGCUGGGCUUUGUUUGUUCAGGGGUACAAUAUUGAAAUCCGGCACAAGAAGGGGGCCGAUAACGUGCUCGCCGACGCCUUGUCUCGGGCUUGAGGGGAGGGCGUCUGUACUACAGGGCAUUUACAGUUUGUUAUGCCAAAGGUUGGUAAUGCCUGGUUGUCAUUGUUUCUUGGUGGACAGCUUGGUCGCAACCCCCUGGGUUGCUCUUUUUGGGGGGGCGUGUUACGUCCGGCUGCUGGUUGUGUUUUCUCCUUUCUCUCCCCCCCCCCGUGUCUUCCUUUUCAAUCUGUUCUUCACAGGUGUGGUGAGUUGCUGCUGAUGAUGCGGGCGUGGCCAGGUGAUUCUCCAGCCAAUCCAGCGCGGCUCUCCUCUACAAAUGUUUGGUUGUGAGAGCUUGGAGGUGUGGGUUGUGGGGAUAGAGGUUUGAGAGACAAACUUUGAGACAAACUUUGAGACAAACUUUGAGAGACAAACUGAGAUUUGUGUGAUUUAUUUUGUUUGUUAACACUGUCUUCUGUACUUACCCCAAGAGCACUGUGGAGCAGGGCUAGGUAAGAUACCCUGGGGUCUACAUACACACUUAGGAAAAACCUGUUAGAAACACUAGGUUAGAAGCCAGUGUAUUGUAGCAGUUUAGGUAAGUGGUGUGAUAGGUUAGAUUGUGGUAGGUAGGAUUAGAGGAAUAGGGAAGUUCAGGGUCCUUUUGUUUUGUUUCUUUGCUUUGACAGACCACUGGCACCGCCCUACUCCACAGGUCUUGCUACCUGUUAGCCCUCCUAUCCCCUGUCUACCUAUUUGUGUGUGUUUGUAUGGUAUGUACUGGUUAUUUCUUUUCAUUAUUAUUUAGUGGAAAAAUAAACCCACCGUUCUGUAC